CAAAGAACAAACAUAAUUAGAAAAUAAUACUAGACCACCUUAGAAACAUGAACCUAGACACUCAGACCACCUCAUCCACGCAACCAGCCUCCCCCCAAAACCAAAACCAAAACCCACCUCAAACCCCACCAGCAAACACAGACACAAUGCACGAACUCCCCAUCCAACCGCGGGGCCUCCUCUGGCAAACCAACUUCAUCACGGCCGCCCACGAAGCUGAACUGCUGCACAUCUUCCGGCACGACCUGGAGUGGCCCGCCCGCCCCGGCCGCAUCUCGCUGCACUACGGCUACACCUUCGACUACAAGACCUUCAACAUCGACCCGGCCAUCCCCUACCGCCCAUUCCCAACCUGGCUGAUCCCGUUACUCCCGGCCCGCGAGCCCCGCGCCCCGGAUCAAGUCUGCCUGCAGUACUAUCCGCCGGGGGCGGGGAUCCCGCCGCACGUGGACGCCCACGGCCCGUACGACCAGCUCUACGCGCUGUCGCUGGGCAACCCCGUGCUGAUGGAGUUCCGGCGCGGCGAGGACCGGGUGGAGGUGGACUGCGAGCCGCGCAGUUUGAUGUGUAUGAGUGGUGAUGCGCGGUUGUUGUGGACGCAUGGGAUUAAGAAGCGGAAGACUGAUGUUGUGCGCGACGAGGGUGGGGAGGAGAGGGUGAGGGUGAGGGGGGAGCGGUGGAGUAUUACGUAUAGGUGGUUGAGGGAGGGCGGGGAGUGUGAGUGUGGGGAUUUGCGGCUCUGUGAUACCGCGCAGCGGCGGGCGGGCGUCGAGAAGGAGAAGAGGUCGGUUGUUGCGUUGAGGGAGGCGGCGGAAGCUGCUGCUGGUAGUGGUGGGGAUGAGGGUAAGGAGGAGGGGGAGGGUGGUGGUGACAGUUGA